AUGCGUCACGCUGAUGCCGUCGGCCUGUCACAGCACCGCGCCGGUCGUCCCGGCGCGCCGCAACCUUAUCCGUACGCGGCCGACGGACGUCCGAGGCCACCGGUGCCCGACCUGUACGCCGGCGACCGGUUUGCAGAUCUCACCGAGCGUCUGUCCCGGCCGUCCGAAUCGCAAAGGCGCCGCGGCUACAUACUCGACUGGACGGCGGUCCGGGACGUGAUCGUCGACGACACCGACGAAGACGGUACCAUCAGCAACGAGUAUGUCGUCGAGUACAUGGAAGACGGUUUGCGGCCAAACACGACGGCAUUAACUGUAUUCCACUCAAGAAUAUCAAAAAGAGAAAUGUAUCCUAAGAACGACACGUAUGUGCCAUUCAUUUUAAAAACUAUGUCUGUUUCACCUAUUUUAAGCGUAGCCCAAAAAGAAGGAGGCACACAACUCAAACUUGUAAUUGAGUUUGUAAACGGAGAUAAAGCCCUUAUGAAACCAAUGAGGUUCACCAGAGAACAACAGACUCUGCCGAAUCAUUUUUACUUCACCGACUACGAAAGGCACAAUGCCGAAAUUGCUGCGUUUCAUCUCGACAGGAUAUUGGGGUUUCGAAGAGCAAUGCCGGUCAGUGGAAGGUUGGUGAACAUCACAUCUGAACUGAUGGCCCAAGUUACCGCGUCUGAUUUGUUGAAGACGUUUUUCGUGUCACCCGACAAAAAUGUGUGUUUUCACGGACAGUGUUCCUAUUAUUGUGAUACGUCGCAUGCUAUUUGCGGAAAUCCGGAUAUGUUGGAAGGCUCAUUCGCCGCGUAUUUGCCAACCCAAGAGGUUUUGGAGAGAAAGACUUGGAGGCAUCCGUGGAGGCGCAGUUACCACAAGCGGAGGAAAGCUAAAUGGGAAACAGAUCCAAAUUACUGUGAAUUAGUUAGAAACGUGCCGGCGUACAAUAGUGGUCGCCGGAUGUUGGACAUUAUGGACUUGUCCGUAUUUGACUUUCUCAUGGGCAACAUGGACCGUCAUCAUUACGAAACGUUUACCCUGUUCGGCAACGAUUCAUUUCCUAUUCACCUCGACCACGGUCGGGCAUUUGGCAAGGCAUUCCACGACGAGAUGAGUAUAUUGGCUCCAAUCAUACAGUGCUGUCAUAUACGAAAAUCUACGCUUGAGACUUUGCUGAGGUUUCACAACGUCAAAAAACUUAGCGAGCACAUGAGGGAAUCCUUGGCUGACGACCCGCUGUCUCCCAUACUUUGGGAACCGCAUUUGAUAGCCAUCGACCGACGCGUGGGGCUCGUGCUGCAAAAAGUCCGCGAAUGUCUGUCGGUGAGCACGAUGAGCGGCGAAGACGCGGCCGACGAAACGCGUGUCCGAACCGCCACAAAUGCCACGUUUGACGUUGAUCCGGGCAAUAUAGGACAGGAAGUCAGAUACACAGCCCUAUCUAGGAAUCUAGCGCAAGACUGAUGAAUUUUGUUUUUUUACGGUUUUGAACCGGCUCCGUUUGUGUUCGCUACACCGGACGGAUUGAGCAGACGCGUGUCGAACUUCGAUAUAAUAUAUUAUAUUAUAUUAUAAUAUUAUGUUUUAUGGGCCUCAUCUGUCCGGUUUACUUGCCAUCUCGAGGAUCUGUCCGAGCUGGAUGCCACGCGGCCCAUCGGCAUCAUAUACAUGGUGUUACUCAUCGAUUUAAAAUUUGAAAUUUUUUUAAAGUAAAUUUGUAGGUUAAAUUUUUUUUACAUGAAAAAAAAUAAAUCA